CAAACACUGGCACUACUGCAUACCACGACCACGACCACGACCACGACUACUACUACUGUACAUAUCCCUACCACUGACACUACCACGGUCCUCUUGUCCAACUUCAUAUCUAUCUAAACCACCCUCAUCCUCCUCCCUCAUGACUUGAACCACACUCUGUCACAAACUCUCCGGCGUCCACACUUCAGCUGGCCCAAGUACACAGGUGUCUAGUACCCAGGUACCCUCGACGAGCCAUCCUUCACCAAGUACACCAUCAUCCUCCACUCCAGAGUGAGCGAUAUACCAGCACUAUACCAUCUGCUUCACACCCACUCGAACGCCCACACCAUCGAAAUACUCGUCAAGCGUCAGCACGAUCGGCGAGGGAGAGACAUCCAGCCUGCGUGACCUUGAUUGACUCAACCACCUCUACUGCCAUACACACCAUCUGCACGACACAUACCAUCGGUACAUACUGCGGUGCAACCACACCGACCUCUCUGCCUAGCAUAUAUAUCACUUUCCACCAUCAUUUUUCUUCCUUCCUCCUCUACAGCCUUUUCCUCCGACGACCACAGUCGUACCAACAUGGAUUUCCUUCUCGGAGACUUCUGCUUAUCCUGCGACCGCCAGACCAACGGAACCGCCUUUUGUUCCUCAGCAUGCCGUCUCACCCAACUUGAUAACUUCACCCUGGGCGAGUCGAGUACGUCGUCGUCAAUGUCGGGUUACACGGCCACCAAUAGCCCCGUGGCACAACGCCAACGACCGUCCUUAGGGCUUGCAACAACUGGGUUUCACCUUCCUCCGGCCUACGACUUCUCUCUACAUCGGUCACCGUCGGCCAAUUCUCUAUCAAUGUCCUUGAGUUCCAGGCCUCACAGCCCGAAGAUAUCGGAGCAGGCUCAGAACGAUCUCAAAGACUAUGUUGGAUCAUUUGAUCAGACAAGGACCCUACGACGGCGCGUGUCCAUGCAAUGCAACGACGAUUCCAAAGCCUCGGGAAAGUCCUAGGUUUCUUUUCAAGUCACCACCACGAAUUCAGAUAGCAAAGAUGUCUACCGACUCUUCUCUCCUCUCCCCUCCGACCGGUCGCAUGCAGCUGGCGUUUCAUGUAUGGACUCUGCUCUGCAACAUUGAGAGAGAUCCUACACUUAUGAACGCCCAAGACCUUGCUCUCCCACCGAUCAAAGUAACACCAUCACCCGCAUCGACUAUCCUCUUAAGGUCUGGACAAUACUCUCACCGAUUCUUCCAUACAUUUUAAAUCCGGGUUGGAUUUCCCACUGUUAUGAUAUGCAAUGGUCAAACAGGGUUUCAGUUUUGUCAAGAUUGAGCGUUAUGUCGGUUACAGUAUGGGUUGGGAGCACAGGAUCAAGGUUCGGAAAGGUAUGAAGGGAUACCAACUACUACAGGACCACCAGACCACUUAUGGGAUACGCAUUGUACGAAUGAUUACAAUGAAGCGGCAUUUGAUUGCAUAGGGGGUGUUUUCUUUUGUUUUUCCAUCUUGACAGCCGCUCAGGGGGUGGCACGGAUACAGCACGCUCUACUCUACCGCGGUGUUUCUUUUGUAUCAUAGCGCUGCCGGAUGGGCAUAUGUUUUGCACUGUUGUUCUGUCCGAGAAUUGGACAGUUUGGACAUAGCUGCUGGGAUGAAAGGGCACAACAGUGGCUCAUCAUCGCCAGGAAUAUCUACAAAUGACAGGCCAGUAGAGGCCGGUUCCUUCUAGA